ACCCAAUGAUGAUGAGAAAAGGGAUGACGAAGCCAGUCACCGUUACAACCAGGAUAUAUGGCAGUAUUAUGUUGUCUCUGGAAUGACUUCAGACAAGGCCCACUUCCUGUGGCAGCCAUCACGAACUGAAUCUACAUGGUUGGAGUAACCUUUCACCAUUCCAUAAAGGUAGAACUUCAUGUCCACCUGGAUGGAGCUAUUAAACCAGAAACUAUUUUAUACUUUGGCAAGAAAAGAGGAACACAACUCCCAGCAGAUACUGUAGAAGGCCUCCUACAACAUAUUUGUUCGAAAAAGCCAACUUGUUUCACAGAAUUCAUAGGAAAGUUUUCUAUCUACUUGCCAGCAAUAACGGGAGACCGUGAGGCUAUUGAAAGGAUCGCUUAUGAGUUUGUGGAAAUGAAGGCCAAGGAGGGUAUCAUCUAUGUUGAGGUCAGGUACAGCCCUCACCUCCUUGCCAGCAGUGACCAAAAUGGACCUGUCACUCCGGAUGACGUGGUUAGACUUGUUAAUCAAGGACUGAAAGCUGGAGAGAAGGCUUUCAACAUCAAAGCCAGGUCUAUUCUAUGCUGCAUACGCCACGAGCCAAAAUGGUCACCAGAAGUAGUAGAGCUGUGUAAGAAGUAUCACAAUGAUACCGUGGUUGCUAUAGACCUAGCUGGAGAUGAGUCCUUAAAAACUGACUUCUGCUUAAACCAUCAGGAGGCUUAUAAGAAAGCAGAACAACUUGGCAUUCAUCGGACUGUUCAUGCUGGUGAAGUCGGGAAUGUCCAGGGCAUUAAAGAGGCAAUUAACGUCCUAAAAGCAGAGCGUAUUGGCCAUGGCUACCAUGUCUUUGAAGAUGAAGCUUUCUAUAAACAACUGUUAAAAGACAAUAUACACUUUGAGGUCUGCCCAUGGUCUAGUUACCUCACUGGAGCAUGUACAGCACCCUUCAGUGAACAUCCAAUAAUAAGGUUUAUGAAAGAUGGGGCAAAUUACUCAUUGAACACAGAUGAUCCUCUUAUAUUCAACUCCACAAUUCACAAAGACUACAAAAUAGCUCAUGACUAUAUGGGCUUCAGUGAGGAGGAAUUCAAGAGAUUGAACAUAAAUGCUGCCAAGUCCAGCUUCACCACAGAGAAAGAGAAGAAGGAGCUUCUCCACAAACUCUACGAAGCCUAUGACAUUGUGCAAAAUACAGAUUUCUAAUUUCUAAUCCCUCUUAUGACAGCCAGCCUUGACUACCUUCCUUCGCCACUUUCCUGACAACUUUUAAGCUCAUCAAAAACAAUGCACAGACUUAGUAUUAUUAUGUUUACUACUACUAUCUGUGGGGGGCAUGCACUAUAUUAUAUACAGAACAGUAUUCCUGUGAUGAUUGUAUCAUAUCUACCUACAGCAGCUAAAUCCCAUAGCUAAGAUGAGAGCUUCAGCUGUUGGGCUGUAUAGAAAUAAAAUACAUAAAAUAAAUGAGUGCUGUGAGUUUACAUGCUCUUUUUGUAGGCUGGCAACAUUGCAACCUUUUCACAGAUCUGAAAGGUUAGAAGAGGGAUUGCCGCUUCCAGCAAUUAUAUUAAUCUCACUUUCCACUUUGAUAUACAGGUUUUGCAGGCUUUUUAUUAUUUCAAAAACUUAUUUGAUCAAAAGCGAACUAAAGAGAGGGGUGUGUGUGCUUCUGAAAGUGCGUAUAUGCACACACACACAUGUGUACACACACAGGAAAACAAAAUCAAAGCAAUUUCCUCUGUCUUAAAAUGACAUAGAUUUUGUUGUGAUUGGUCUUUGUUUUGUUUACCCUUAAAUGCAAAAGAGUGAGAAAUAAAAUCAUAAAAGUCUAUCGCUGCUGGCAUAUGUUUUAGAGCAUGCCUCCUCAAACUACUGCCCCGGGGCCGGAUCCAGCCUGCCAUGCCCAUUUAUCCGGCCCGCCAUGCCCAUUUGGAUGCACCGCACACGCCGCCACUCACCUUGCCGUGCAUGUGGGGAGGCAGCGGUUUGCUCACACGGAGAAUGCAAUCUCUAAGCGAGCAAGCCGCUGCCACAUGCGCCCGCCUCGCGGCACGUGCCCGCCUUGCCUACCCUCCCGCCGCGUGCCCCACUCCUGCCUCAGUGCACGCCCUGCCCCCGUGCCGGCCCACGCGCACCGCCGGCCCCACCCUUCCGGCCCACGCCCGGCACCGGCACCUUUCAACCGGCCCCCUGGUCAAAAAGUUUGAGGACCCCAGUUUUAGAGAUUUGUCAUCUUUUGAAGGAAGCUCUCCUGUAAAAAUGACUGUGGAUUUGUUUCAGCCUGUACUUCAUUCCAUUUAAUGCUUUUUUAAUUCCAUCGAAUUCUUGAUUGCUAAUAUCCAAAAUUAGUGACUCAGGUUCAGAUACAGUUGCCUGUACUUUGGAGAUAGGAUUCCUGUCUAUAGUUCAAGAAGACUAGCCAAUUGUAUCACUUUUCAUAUAGUGGAAUGUGAAUGGGGAUCACAGUGAACUUCCUCCAGGCACACAACUGCGUCUGAUAUGUGCACAUAGUUUCCAAUAUAAUGAUGGUUUGCAUAAAAGUCUGAUUUUGCAUGCUAUUCUUUCUUUCUGAAUUGUGGUAGGUAACUAUGCUAGUCACCAAAUGCAGCACUUUCCCGCUUGUAAUCAAACUUGUGUAAAAUGUCUUAAGCUGGGUAAGUGCAAAUAAACAGAAAAGGGUGCUUUAAAAAUAUAAACUGAUUUCACAGAAGAUGCGAACCUUUUAUUUUUUUAUUUUUAUUCCAGUAUAUUUGCUGAGACAAUUGCCUUGUCUGCUACUUGCACUAUGGAAACUGCCCUAUAUAACUGGCAGUUUUGACACAUGUAUGUUAUAUAUAGCACACUCCUUUUCUCUUCUCUGUGACCAACAGCAAAGUAACUUUAUAUAAUGGUGCUAGAGUAACUUGUUUUAACUAUGCUAGGUUCUCAACAUGCUCGAUUGCAAACCAGUUAGCCUAAAUCACAAGAGGACUAAUUUAGAUUAAAUGGAAGCAUUUCAAUUUAACUUUAUAAGUAAAUAUCUUGAAUGACAUGGCAGUGGAAUAAUUCUGUUUCAUGCAGGAAUAAAUCAUAUAGAAUAAACAGCAAAAUGAUAAUUGCAGCAGUACAAAUCCAUGUGGCUUCAUUCCCAUGUAAAUAUGUGGGAUUUCUUUUAGUGAUUGUAAACUGUAUCUGUUAUAUAAACUUUGCUAUAUAAAUGAUAAACUUCGCCUCCUAGAUUCACAGAAAUCUUCCAUUCUAGAACUUUACACUCCAGAUACAUGGACUUGGAUUCCUAACUUUCCUUUCAUGAUUGGAACAGAGUUCAUGGAACUGAGCUUUUCCUUUUCUCCUCUCUCCAUACAGCUCCUCAGAAAUCUCCUGCUGGGAAAUAGAGGAGCCUUGGUGGGGCGGGGGCGGGGGGGAGUGUGCAGAGCUGCAGCUGGAAGGAGGUUGGAAAUGGAACUCAAUCCCUUCCUGUCUUUAGGAUCCAAAACACAGUAUCCAAAGUGAUGCAUCAAAAUGCCAUGAUUGUUUGUUCUAUGGCGCAGCUUCUUUUAACAUAGCCAGAUUUAUAUCUUUGUUUUGCCUCUGUGCAUCAUUCUCAAGAAUAAUUUCUGACAGUCCAAGCAAACGUGACAAUAAAUGCCCAGUUGCUCCUCUCAUCUUCCAUAAUAUUUAAUAUAACUUAAUGGGUAUCAUGGCAUUUUGUUUCCCUACCCUGGCACAUGGCAGGCAACAGGAUGGGGGUUGGGAAGUGAAGGUGGUUGCGAUACUGCUAAAUUUUUAUUGAAGGGAGGGCGAUGGCUAACUACUAUUUUCAGAAGUGGCUGUGCAUUUAGCACAGCUUUCCCCAACCUGGUGAUCUCCAGAUGAAUUGGUGAGAAUAAUGGGAGCUGCAAUCUAAUGCAUUUGAAGGGCACCAGUUUAGGGAAGGAUGACAUAACAUCUGGUUUUUGCCCAGAGAGACAUGGAAAACUGGAUUCACACAGCCCUUAUUUCCCUAUGAACAAGAGCUGUUUUAAUGUUUGUGGCUGUAUCUUUAAACAUGCAUUGCCCACAGUAUGAAUGUGUAUUCCUAACAAAUGAAUAUCAAAUACAGGUUAAGUUGGAAACUUAAGUAAAUUUGUGAAAACUCUGAAGAAACAACCAUGAAUUGCUUUUUGUUUUGGAAAUAUUUAGUUUAGUAACUUGGAGCACUCCCAUGUUAGCUAAUUCCUAGCCAUUUUUGUGUUUCUCAUGUGGCUCAGGAUGUUAAUGAACGAAUUCUUAACUUCUAAACAAGGGCUUUGGCAAACAAGGUUCAUUCUAAGCCUUUACCCAAGCCUACAAUCUGCAAGCUUUAGUUUUGAUGCCCUUUAUAACCUAAGCAAGGUUAUAGUGGUUUCCCUGAAUACAAUUUUAUCAAGAAACCAGGCUUCCUUUCAAGACUGCAUCUGUGAAAAAAACAGAUCAUCUGCAGACUUGCAGCUUGUUUCCAGCUACCUCUACAUGUUGGCACUUGAGAUCCUCUUUAGGCCUGACUGUUAAGUCUUGCAGGGUUUCGUAGGCUAAAUGUCACAGAGCUAACUGUAGCUGCUUCAGACAUGAAUGACGAUACUUUCUGGUUUCACUUCAAUGCAAGCAAGGUGGAUUCUAAAGUAGCAGGUGUAUCUGUUGGCCACAUUCAGACUCCCAAAUGAUCUUGUUCCUAAUGGUGCAGAAAACUGGAACACGCGACCCUUCUGUGUCAGUGUUAUACAGGGCCUAACUGUUAAAGAACUUGGCACUGCAUUAUUCCAAUUUGUACGCAGAAAUAGUUAUGCAUUUACAAUAUGUCAGUAUUUAAAGUUUGUAACAAAGCUGAGGAAAACAUAGAAGUUGGUGCUGCCAUUUCUCUGGUGGUUUAAAAGGCUGGUAUUGGAAUCUUCAAACACCAAACACCUGCCUCCAGUGACUGGUUUAGACUUCAUUGUUUUGUAUGUGGGGAAAAGACUGUCUUGCAUAGCGCUCAUCUCAGAAAAUAAAGCCAGUGAAUAAUGGCUAUACCAACAACAAGGAAACACUCUUAUUGUAAACAAAAAUCAGAGCUAUAUAAAGAGGAAUUAUUUUGUUACUUUUGUAAUGUUUGAAAAGCUAGACUGCUUGUAAAUUGUUCUAAUAUCAGUACCUGCCGCCUUAUUUUGUAAUAGUUCUUUUGAAUUGAUUUGUGAGGAGAUAGUUCACAUCCCAAAGAACAAACCAGAAUGUAUCUCCUGAUUUAAUAUAAUAAAGCUCAUUUUAACAACUUGAGUAUUUCAUGUUUGUCUUGGCCAUGACAAAAUAAAUGCAGGCCAAAAUCAAUGCGUGAUUAGGAAGAAACAAAAUGUGUGGAGUUUUCAGUGAGAUAUUGUUAAAACUCAAAGGUGGAUUAGAGGAAGGGGAGGGACGGCUACAGUGUUCUGUGUGGGCUGCAGUGGUUACACAGAACUUUUAGGCUGUUCUGUGGGUAUAAUGAAACGAAUGGAAAUAGAGAAGCUUUAGGCUGGAUAGAUGCUUAGAAUGCCUGUUGCAUAAUGCAGGAGAAAUGGGAGCUUGUGAUACACAAGAAGGAUAAAAAACAGGAGCACAUGUAGUUCGGUUUCAGUUGCCUAUCUCCUUCCACCAGCGAUUUCUUUUUUUCAUGAAAAGCAGCUUUGGAUGGCUGCAAGCUGACAUUAACAAAACUAGCUAGCUGUUUCCUUCCUUCCUGUUGUUAGCACAAAUUCCUCAUGGCAGCUGUUCUCCCCAUACUUUUUUCCCAGUGAGGAACAAUUUUGACUAAUGAGAGGGAAAAGAACAGGCAGAGGCAUCAUCCCCCAUGCGGCUUGUCUCUUCCACGCUUGCAGCUUCUCCAGCCGCCUUUCAUUGCAGGAUAUCCCUGGCAAAUUCAGUUAAAAAUCCAUUAAUGUUGGUAGCCAAAGAACCUGGACAGCCUCAUAUUCGUGCAGUAGGUAACCUGGCCACAUCUAGAUAUUUUCAACUGUAACUCCCACCAGUCCUAACAAGUAGGUCAGUGAUUGUGAAGGUUGCAGUCCAAAACGUACUUGAGGACUGUGGAGUGCCUGUCCUUGGUG